CGGACGUUCCCUUUGGUACCCUCGAGUGGUGGAUGACGGAAGUACAACUACAGCCAUUGCAGGUGUUUACUGGGUUAAAAGCUGUAUACUAUCGAUUUAAAUAUGCCUGUACUGUCCGAUACGGAGCGUAAGGGCUGUAAAAAUAUGUUGGGUAUCAUGUCAAGGGGAGACAUACUUUCGCUUAGCGAUACAGUCACCAACAAAAUGAUUGCAGUGGAAAACAUUACAGAAGCAGUUGAGGCCAUUCUUUCAUACACCAAGGAUACGGAGGAGCUGCUAAAACGAAAAAAGGUCCACCGUGACGUUAUAUUCAAGUACCUGGCAAAGGAGGGGGUGGUGAUGCCCCCCAACAGUGAGAAACACCAGCUAGUGAAGCGGACUCUAGAGUUUUGGUCUACUGGGAAGGCAUUGGACUAUCAAACCCCAGCAGUUGAGACGAGCCUAAGUCUGAGACCAGCUGAGAGUGUCUCUGUUUCCUCUGAGGCAGGGUACAGUCCUGGUUUUGACCACCUGGCCUUGGCCAGACAGUUCUGUCAGUGGUUCUUCCAGCUUCUCAACAGUCAGAACCCCUCCCUGCGCCAGCCUCCUAAGGACUGGGGACCACAACACUUCUGGGAGGAUGUCCGUCUGCGCCUCUUCUCCAGUGCUGUUGGCCAACAAAUGGAAGAAUUCCAUGGCUCUGAGCUGACUAGCCUGCGUCUCCUGGCCCUGGCGAGGGACGAGAGGCUCCUGUUGAGCCCCAACCUUGACCCUCCUGGCCUGAAGGUCCUGUCCUCCCCCCACGGCCUGGUGUUGGUGGCUGUGGCAGGGACCAUUCACAGAGAUGAUGUCUGCCUAGGAGUAUAUGAACAGGUGUUUGGCCUCAUCCGCUCACCGCUGGAACAGAACAGCUGGAAGAUCAAGUUUGUCAACCUGAAGAUCAAGGGGCAGGAUGCCCUGGGAGGAGCAGAGGAGCUGGCCUCUCCUGCACUGACCUGCAGCUCCUCUGAACUACAGCUGCUCUGCAGAUGAGGGAACUGAGGUUCAUCCCAAUAGUCUAAAGGGGCUUCCUCUCCUUGCUUCCUUUCCCUUAUCUGCACUUGUGAAAAACAUGGACAGGUGAAAGUAAAUUGCCAAUGUCAUACAUUAUGCAAGUAAUUUAAUUGUCAUGAUGGGGUAAACAUACAGUUUUCCUCAAUAGUAUAUAGUUAGCUAUUAUUUACUGCUGUAUGAAGAAGAAAAAUGUAACAUUUUUGCUAUUAAUACUAUAUUCCAGGAUAUGUUUAGGUUUACUCUCCAUGUAAUGGGAAAAGUUCUUGGUUGGUGUAGGAAUGGGUGGUUUUCACGAUUCUUCUGUUCUCUCAUUUGAGGCAUUUUCCCUUAAAUGACCUGUGAUCUGUGCCUUAUGUAGAAUAGUCUAUAAGCAGAAGCAUGCCUCUAUCAUCGGUAAUGGUAUAUGGCUAAAACUUUAAGUAUAUUAUAUUGUAAAUAUGUAUCAUACCAGUACUAAAAAUAAUUUAAACCUU